GUGCCCCGAGCACCGGUCGCUCGUUGCUCGUUGGACCUGGUCCUGGUCGUGGACGAGGACGUGAAUGUGGAAAACUGGAAAGCUGUAAGACAGAGGGGAAAGGCUGCUGUGUGGAGGCGGCUGUCUAUGUCAGGAACGCUGUAGUUUGUUUCGAAGAGAUGGAAUUAAAUUGGGUUGCAUUUACUUUAUGCAUAAGUCUGAUCCUGAUCAAAGGCGAAUCCUCUUUCGCAACUGCAUCUACCAAAAAUGAAAUCUGCAAAGCAUCAAGGAUAGAGGAGGAACAAUGCGGAUCAUAUGCCUAUAAGGCCAUCAAACCACUGCUCAUCUACAUGGAAUUGAUGAGGACAGAAGUGGAGAACUAUGAUAAUAUAACAUCCAUUAAGAAUAGGGAAAUUAAAGGCCUUCAAAUGAAGAUAUCCCAAUAUAAAUCAGAUUCAAUAAAGAAUUUGAGAGAGCAGAUUUAUAAGGGAUUGAGGCAACAGAUCAUCAACAAGGACAGCGAAUUAAAGCGGCAAAAGUUGGACCAACAAAAUGUAUAUGAAACUAUCAUUCAGGAACUGAGAAACAGAACAGCAAGGCAGGACUCUGAAAUCAAGGAGUUGCAGAAGAAACUAGUUAAUCAAAAUGAAAAUGUCGCCACCAUACAAGAAUUGAGAAAUCAGAUAGAUUUAUACAAGAGUAACAAUGACAAUUUGCAAUCAAUCAGGAGUGAAUUAAACAGUUUGCAAUCAAUCAGGAAUGAAUUAAAGAAUUUGCAAUCAAUCAGGAAUGAAUUAAAUAAGCUCAAUUCACAGAAAUGUGAGGAAUGCACAAGUGAUUUAAUCACCAAACAAAAACUUCAAAUCGAAAGCGAUGCAAUCAAAUCGAAGGAGUUUCAGAAACAGUUGGAGGAACAGAAGAAAAAUAUUGACCAAAAGAACCAGGAAAUUUCCAAAUUAAAAGAUCAUAUUAAUAGCGAGGCAGUCAAAUCGAAGGAGUUUCAGAUACAGUUGGAGAAAGAUAAGAAAUCCAUUGAGGAAAAGAAUCAACAAAUAUCCAAAUUACAAAACGAUGUCAACAAAAGCGAUGUGAAAUUGGAGGACUUAAAGGAGAUUAAUUGCACAUCUUUUGGAGAUGCUCCUUGUGUUCAUAAAAUCAGUUUUUCUCAUUACUCCUUUGAUGUCUUAUGCGACUCGAAGACAGCAGGUCCUGGAUGGAUAGUUAUCCAGCAGCGAAUCAAUGGCAAAGAAGAUUUCAACAGGUCUUGGACAACAUACCGCGAAGGCUUUGGUUCCUUCGAUGGAGACUUCUUCUUGGGCUUUGAGAAGAUCCAUCGCUUGACGAGCUACAAACGCUUUGAACUCUAUGUACAUCUGGAGAAAUUUAAUGGCAAAGUUAGAUAUGCGAGAUAUCAACAAUUUGCCAUUGCUGGCGAAAGCGAUGAAUACCAGCUGAGCUUCAGUGGAUGCGGUGGCAAUGCCACAUAUAUAAUGUCACAAUUUAACAAACAGAAAUUUUCAACAUAUGAUCGUGAUAAUGAUGGCUGGGAGGAUGGCAAUUGUGCAUUAAAAUACCUUGGUGGAUGGUGGUACCCUAACUUUUGUGGAAUAAGAAGCUUCAAUUCAAAGUACUAUGAUAGUUCAAAGGACUGGAAGGGUGAUAAUAUAUUUUGGUAUGACCUAAUCAAAAAUGUUAAAAUGCUUAUUCGCCCAAAAUAAAUAUAAAAAUGAUGCAAAUGUAAUAUGAAUUGUACUUUGGAAUUGUAAAUGUAAUUAAAAAUUAACUCUCAAAUAAUUAAA